AUGCCUUAUGCACAAGUUCAUUAUCCAUUUGAUGGAUGUCGAACGUUUAUGGAUACAUUUCCAGCUGAUUUUAUUGCUGAAAGUAUUGAUCAAAUACAUGGAUGGUUUUAUACAUUAUUAGUUACUUCAACAGCUUUAUUUGAUCAACCACCAUUUAAAAAUUUAAUUGUUAAUGGCAUUGUUUCAGUAAGUAAUGGAGAAAGAAUCGCAAAAAGAAAGAAAAAAUAUCCUGAUCCGAAAGAAAUUUUUGACAAACUUUAUUUAAUCAUAUCAUCUGUUGUACGUGGUGAAUCACUUAAAUUUAAAGAAGAAGGUAUUCAAGAUAUUCUUAAAGAUGUAUUUUUACCUUGGUAUAAUGCAUUAGAGUUACUUGUUCAAUCAUGUCAUCAAUUAAGUGUUGAUAAAAAAGUUAAUUUUAUUUAUGAUGAAAAACGUUUAUAUUCAUCCAUGUCACCUAAUACAAAUAUUAUGGAUACAUGGAUUGUUUCUUAUACACAAACAUUGUUAGAUUUUGUUAAACAAGAAAUGGACGCUUAUCGUUUAUAUACAGUGGUGCCUCGUCUUAAUAAAUAUAUUGAUAUAUUAAUUAAUUGGUAUGUCAAAUUGAACAAGAAACAUUUUAAGUAUUCAUUACCAGAAUUUGUUGUUAUUCAUAAAGAUGAAUCUAUUUUAAAAGGUAUCGAAUCAUUAGAAAAUUUUGUUCGAGAAAGUUUAAAUGUAUGUAAAGUAACAUUAUCUCAAGAUCAUGAACUUUAUGGUGUCGAACUGCAUACUGAACCAAAUUAUCCAAUAUUAGGCAAAAAAGUUGGUGUUAAAUCGAUCGCUGAAAAAAUUCGUCAAAUGACUGAUACAAAUAUUGAAAAAUUAUUGUCAAAAAGUGAAAGUAAAUGUCCAUUAAUAAUAAUUGAUGAUGUACCAAUUGAAUCUGAAGAUGUUCAUAUUUUUUAUUGUUUUGUUGUUUUACUUGAUCAUACAGCGGAUGCGGCAUUAAAAGAUGAAGGUCGUAUUCAAAAACUUUGA